CUGCCAAAUGGAAGGCAAUAACUGACCAAAUUAAUAAAGCUGUGGAAGUCUAUAAGCCGUGUGUAAAGGAGAAUUGCAGCUGCCACCAAAGUGUCUGGAAGCAGGACCUGGCUCCUUUUCGAGGUGGCAUUUCCAAGGAAAUAAUAUCAGAUGUGGUGAGCCGGAAGCUCGGGACACACUACCAAAUCAUUAAGAACAAAUUGUACCGUGAGCAGGACUGCUUGUUCCCUGCGAGAUGCAGUGGAGUUGAGCACUUCCUUCUGGGGAUCAUCAACCACCUCCCUGACAUGGAAAUGGUGAUCAAUGUGCGAGACUACCCCCAGGUCCCCAAGUGGAUGAAACCCAUUAUCCCGGUCUUCUCCUUCAGUAAGACACCUGAGUACAAUGAUAUCAUGUAUCCUGCCUGGACAUUUUGGGAAGGAGGACCGGCUGUUUGGCCAAUUUACCCAACAGGUUUAGGGCGCUGGGACCUCAUGAGAGAGGACCUCAGAAGAUCUGCAGAAAAAUGGCCAUGGAUGAAAAAAAUCUCUAAAGGAUAUUUCCGAGGAUCCAGAACGAGCCCUGAGAGAGAUCCCCUCAUUCUGCUGUCCCGAGAAAACCCAGAACUUGUUGAUGCUGAGUACACUAAAAACCAGGCUUGGAAAUCUGAGAAGGACACCUUAGGAAAGCCUCCUGCAAAGGAAAUUCCACUGGUUGAUCACUGCAAAUACAAGUAUCUGUUUAAUUUCCGGGGAGUGGCUGCCAGUUUCCGGUUGAAACACCUUUUCUUGUGCGGUUCACUCGUCUUUCACGUUGGAGAAGAGUGGUUGGAGUUCUUCUACCCCCAGCUGAAGCCUUGGGUCCACUACAUCCCAGUCCGAUCAGACCUCUCUAAUGUCAGGGAGCUGUUGCAAUUUGUAAAGGAAAAUGAUGCCAUAGCACAAGAAAUUUCAGAGAGGGGACGCCAAUUCAUCACCGAGCACUUGCAGAUGGAGGAUGUCUCUUGCUACUGGGAGCAUCUGCUGUCUGAAUAUUCCCAAGCCUUGACUUACAAAGUGAAGAGGAGGAAGAGCUACAGCGAGAUCACUUCUGAACGGCUGAAAACAGAACUGUAGAGACUUCUCUGUUUUUCUCUUCAGCUCAAACUGAUCUCUGUGGAAAUCUGAAGAUCAGUGUAUCUUCC